GCUUUUCUCCUUAAUCCUUAAUAAUGAAGUUAUCUCGUGCUACUUUAGUUCUUUGGCUAAUUGCUAUUUUGCGCGGAGUUUCAGGAGAAGCAGAAACUCUUAUUGAGAGACCAGCUGAACCAGUUCCUUGGUACUGGUAUAUCGUACACGAAAGUACAGAGGGAAGAGGGUGGACACAUCCUUCAAAUGUAUCGCCAUAUUACUCAGUCUGUGAUGCUUCUAACAAAUAUGAGGUACCAGAGAACUGGUUAAUAACAGACUUUAUUAACAUCAAGGAUGCUACACGACUCGAUAUUGAAGUGACCUAUACCUUCCUCAACUGCCCCUUAGCUGACGUGGGGCCAUUCUGCAGAACAAACUUCUCCCUGUAUUCUUAUCAUACUGAUUUCAAAUAUAAUCCAGACCCAAAAAAACUAAAUUUCCUCAAAGAAACUGUGAUAGCUCCAAAAAUUCUUCCUAUGCCUGGGGAGCGCACAACAGACACAUUUGAUGGGUCAAUAAUAACAAAAGCGAAGGGAAUUUAUUUAGCAUUAUUAGACCAAGGAACCUGCUUGACAAUAAGAAGGUUUGUUUUAAGAUAUCGUUUCUGCUCUGAAACGGUCCCUUCCAAGUUGGUUAGAUUUCCAAGAACACUUGCCCCAGCAAAUGAUAUCAAUCUAACCAAACAAGAAGGAGAAUGUACAGAUCCUAACGCGAUUAAGAAAAACAACAAAACGUUAUUUGGCGUGUGCCUUAGUAAUGGGGAGUGGAACAUAACAGAUAACUCAGCCUGCCUUUGCAGUAAUGGUUAUGAGUUAACGCAUGGAUCUUCAGACUCUUUCACAUGCAAAGUCGUUCCAGUAAUUAACAUAACCAUGGUCUUUACCAAUGAAGGUUGUACUAAUGGAAAAUUCAACCAAUCCUCAUUAGUGACGAGGCUAAAAAAAGUGAUGGAAGAGGCUUUUCCUGGGAGAUUUGCAGGUCUCAGAAGUGUGCAGUUGAAAAGUGGCAUUAGGUGUGGAAGAACAACUGUUAACCUAGCACUUAAAUUUAAUUCCAAAACAAAAGAGCAAGAUGUUAUUGCAGUACUUCGUAAUGCUGCCAAAGAUGGAAAGCUUGGAGGCUUCAAUGUGAGUGCAACAAAAAGGACAAGAUCGCAAGCUGAUUUCGACACUGGAACUACAGAAGCAGGCACAGUAACGCUAACUGCUGACAGUGCCCUAGGGAUUACUGUUGGUGUGGUGGUUGGAUCAACUGCAGCACUGGCGGUUGCUGCAGGAAUAUUCGUCUUUUUCGUAAGGAAGUUAAGAAAGCGUAACAGCAAGAACUCAAAUGGUAAGAGUAGUAUUUUAAAAUGCUUGCUUUGGAACACAAGAAAAAUUGCGUGGUAUCAGGCAACUAAGAAGUUUGUGUUGUUUGUAGCCUCAUUUAAAAACAAGGCAAGUUUGGAGAUUUCGAAACAGUUCUAA